GGUUGAAAAAGCGCCAGAUUUCAACCUAACAGUUCGCCGGGAGGAAUAAAAGACUUUGGAAAAAAAUGUCUUCGAAACGGAACCUUUCUGCGCGGUGAUGGUCUCAGCUUGGGUCGCACACCUCUACUCAUGCCGGCCGUCGACCGGUGGGCUCAGAAUGUGGGGCGGCACCAACUCCAGCUCCGAGGAGUUUCGCACCAAUACCUCGGUCGGAGCUGCGCAAUGUUUUUCGGUGUCUGUGGCCUUCCCGGUCACCAUGAUGAUCGCUGGCAUUGUGGGCAACAUGCUGGCUUUGCUCCUAGCCUACAGGUCAUAUCGUAAGGAGAACAGCAAGAAGAAGUCCUUCCUGCUGAUUAUUGGAGCCCUGGCCCUGACCGACCUGACCGGCAAACUUCUCAUAUCGCCGGUUGUCAUUUCAGUCUACCUAAGCAACCGCCAGUGGAGCAGAGUAGACUCCUCCGGCAACUUGUGCGCUUUCUUCGGGGUCUGCAUGACCACCUUUGGACUCUGCCCCUUGUUUUUAGCCAAUGCUAUGGCAAUUGAGAGAACGUUGGCCAUCUAUGCCCCCCAUUACUAUUCUAACCUUGUGACAAUCAGGCUCACCAAACUAGUGGUGCUAUCCAUUUGGGUCACCGUGGUGAUCUUUGCCUUGCUACCGGUAGUUGGGGUUGGGAAGUACACUCUACAAUGGCCAGGCACUUGGUGCUUCAUCAAUACCGGAAAGAAUAUCUUGGGCAACACAAUUUUUGCCUACACUUUCACCGUGUUGGGUAUCGUUUCUUUGUUGGUCACUUUUACCUGCAACGUCGCCACAAUCCGAGCUCUGGUAAUUCGCUGCAAGAAACAGGUGCCGUCCUCCAACAAGCAGUGGGAAAGGAUCACGGUGGACACAUUGAUGCAGCUCAUGGGGAUCAUGUGUGUGCUCUGUGUUUGCUGGUCCCCUCUCCUGGUAAUGAUGCUGAAAAUGAUCUACACUGAAAGUUCAUCUGAUCACUGCUACAACACACCUUCAGCCAUGUCAUCAAUAUCCAACAAUGAGCUGCAAAGCGAUUGCAGUUUUUUCCUCACGGCCAUUAGACUGGCAUCUUUAAAUCAGAUCCUUGACCCCUGGGUUUAUUUGCUACUCCGCGCAAUCCUGUUAAAGAAGGCACGUCAGGUCGCCAGUGCUGUCACUAAUUGCUCUGUGGAGGGGUUAAAAGAGAUACCUGUAACAGCAGAAGUAAAGGCCCCCCUGAAAGAACAAACAUGAAUCAAUAACUUACAAUCUGAUCAAUUGCAUGAUGUGGAAAAUGUUAACUCUUUGAUGCCUGUAAGCCGUAGAAUAUGCAUGUGAUGCAAUUCUUAUAAAUACUGAAAAAAAAAUCAUGUAUUUUAUCUGAGCUACUCAAUUAAUGAAUCUAAAUGUUUGUAAACAUUCCUUAGCAAUUGUAUAUUUCACACCAAUUUUAAUGGCUGGCACGGUAGAGAUGCAAUUGCAUAAAAUGGGAAUGAGGGGGAUUUGGAUCUCUUUGAACUUCAAGAGCGGCUUUGUAGGAGAAUGGUAGUGCAAACAACAUCUUCGCUCAACAUAGUAGGAAAGCACAUCGUACACCUGGGAAUUCAUUUGAAAGGAGAUGACACAUUUGAGGAAAGCCAUUAAUCAUUUUCAUCACAGACAUUGUGGUCUGAAGGGCCUGUUCCUCUGCUGUACUUUUCUAUGUUUUUUAUUCCAUGCACCUCAUCAACAUCUUGUACAACUAUAACAUUACAUCCCAAUUUGUAUACUCGCUUCCCUGACUGAUGACAGUGGGAAAAGCCUUCUUCAAAAUCCUAUCUGCCUGUGAUGCCACUUUCAAGGAAUUAUGUACUUGUGCCCCAAGAUCCCCCUGCUCUAUAACAUUCCCCAGGGCCAUGUUGUUCACUAUGAAAAUCAUGCCCUGGUUUAAAUACCCAAAGUACAAAACCUCACAUUUUUAAAUAAACCUAAAUUAAACUCAAUUUGCCUCUCUUUGGCCCACACCCAUCUAAUGAAGAUCUCACUGUUAUUUUGUGGUAACUAUCUUCACUGCCAACAACACUACCUAUUUUUGUGCCAUCUGCAAGCUUAUUGGGGAGCAUCAGUCUGGAGCUCUGGUCCUGAUUUAACUCGUGUUGAUAUUUCUCCUUUUCCAAUUUCUGUGCUAUUCAAUUGUCUUGCGGAGUUUAAUCACUUGCUGGACGGCUGAAUAACCAGUGGACACCCAGGGAAGAUACAGAGAGAGCAACUCUUAUGCACCAUUGCUAAUGUGAAAUAGCAAUUUUGUAUUAGGAAAGAAGACAGUGGUAUCAACAUAAAUUUUUUUUUAAGUAUUUCAAGAACAUCUCAGGGGAUCCUUCUUCACUGUGGCUAUCAAACUUUACAACUCCUCCCCCCUUCUGUCGUGGAGUAGAA